UCCCAGUGAGCCACACAUCUGUUGAGGACAGGUGAAAUAACGCAUUCAGAGGGACAACAUGAUGUUCUCGAACUCUAUGACAUUAUGGACAGGUGCUCUGCUUAUAUUGAGCGUCAGUCUAUGGAGCUGUACAACAGCUCAAAGUGAUGGUGCAGCAGAUUGCUGUUUAACUACCAGUAACCAUCGCAUCCCACAGAGGGUGGUGACGUCCUUCACCAUUCAGACCAGCGAUGGAGUCUGCAGGAUUCCUGCCACUAUAUUUGUCACAAAGAAGGGCUAUAAGCUCUGUGCGCCCUUUCCCAGUGAGAGUAACUGGGUAAGCAAACUGAUUGACCACAUACUGGCUUCACCUGUACACAUAAAACCUAAAGGAAAGAAACGGAGGGAACAGUGAAUCAGAUUACGCAGGUCCAGCCUGUGGCGUGUGUACAGCCCUGAUCCUGGAACGGAGAGCUGAUAGCACUCAUCUGUAGUAAAUGAUCAUUUACAUGUGUACUCUAGUAGAACGUGUCAAAGUUUGAAUCUACUGUCAUAUCAUAAGAAGAUGAGAUAUGUGAACCCUUUCCCCCACUGGUCUACAUGAAGAGAUUUUAAGCUAAUAUUUCCACCAUUUGUCUACAUUGUAUAAAGUUACUGUGUUUCCUGAGCCAUUGAAUGAAAAUAUAUAUUUUUCUUUUUCACAUUUUCACUGUAUUUUGGAAUAUGAAUAAAUGUUUAAAUAUGAAAA